AGAAAGAGUUUUUGUGAGUCUGUUUUAGGAGUCCAAUCAAGCACAGUUGUGUAAAAGGAAAAAGGAGAGGAGAAGACAGAGAGGAGAGGGGAGAAGGAGGGGGAGGGAGCGAUGGAUGAGUAGGAGGGCUUCUGGAGGCAGAUCGAGAGAGGCAGGAAGCAGGACAGAGACAGACCAACAGUAGAGAGAAGAGAGGGGGAGGCAGAGCAGCAGUGUCAUUAUCUCCCUCGUAUCUCAAGGCUCGGUGGCUGAAUGCUUUCCACCAGUCAAAUUUCCAUCCUAAGAAGACGGAACAGUGUGGCAUAAAAUCUUUGAAUGAUGGACGGCUAAAUUAAACCUCUUGCUUAUCACCCGUGGACACCAGACUGCUUUAGGGGAUUGAGAUUACAAAACCCCGCUGGGAAUGCAAGAACUCCGACAGACCCAAGGAUCACUGAGGAAAGGUCUUCGUCUGCAGAAAUGAUGACAGAAUGUAAUGGAGAAAGAGAACAAGGGAAGGGGAUGACGAUGAUGAUGACCAAUGGACACGAUGUCAUUCUCGGUUUCAAUCAAUUACUCUUGCUGUCUGUGUAGGAUAAAGUGGGAGUAGGAAGGUCGUGGAUGUCCAAGAGUCAAGGGCUCAGUCUCUUUGGAUGAUCCCCAAGACUCUACAUGACCUACAUCCAAGUCUCUGACAUUUGGUGCAACUGCCUCCCCCCUUGGAACCUUCCAUCUAUUCUGUCGUCUCUACCUUUUUCCUUCACACUUCUCUGGAAUAUGAAAUCACAAACCUGACAUGGUGCUAUGGUUCAUAUCGGGAUGUGCACCACCUCCAGAGAGAUAAAGAGAAGAGUGUGAAGAAUGUACAAUACCUGAAAAGUGGAGAAACGUAAAAAAAAAGGGAGGAUUGUUCUAGCACCGCCAUCAUUUUCAAGUGGGGAUGACACUGGAGCCAGUGAUUCAAGCACAAUUGACAAUGACAAGACAGAGGUUUGCCUGAAAGAAAGCAUUGAUCGUAGCGCACUGCACUGCCGUUGUAAAUCACAUGCCCCCCAACGAGGGGCAGGCAUGUGUAGCUUCUGUGUUUCACAACCAGACUCUUCCUUUUGCCUGAGUGGAGCCAGUAUUGCCAAUGUUAAAGCGCAGUGAAGACUUUUCAUGUUCUGUCAAAUCUUGAUGACUUCACAGAAAAAAAUGGAACAAAUCAAUUUGGAACUGAAGAUCGAGCUGGUCAAGUUAAAAAAUGGUGGGAUGUUCUGAUGUGCUCCAGAAGGUUCCUUGUGGCCACUUCCAUAGCUGCUGAGCUGGAGAAGACACUGCUGGGAGGGAGUGGCAUCUUCCUAACAUCAGGAUAAUGCACAGAUCUCCCAUGCUGAUCUCUGCAGCCACCAUGAGCAACAUGACCGUGAUUGACACUGCUGACCCCUAUGACCUUGACAUGACCUCGUCUGAGGCCACCUACCCCAUCAGCUUCCAGGUUUCUGUGACAGGCUUCUUGCUUUUGGAGAUAGUUUUGGGUCUGAGCUCAAACCUCACUGUGCUAGUCCUCUACUGUAUGAAACAGAACCUCAUCAGCUCAGUCUCCAACAUCAUCACCAUGAACCUGCACGUGGUGGAUGUGUUGGUAUGUGUGUGCUGCAUUCCACUGACAGUCGUGGUGGUCCUACUGUCUUUGGAGGCGGACACAGCCAUGAUAUGCUGUUUCCAUGAGGCCUGCAUCUCUUUUGCAAGCGUAGCUACUGCUGCUAAUGUGCUGGCCAUCACAGUGGACCGAUAUGACAUCUCAGUGCGGCCGGCAAACCGUGUUCUUACAAUGGGCCGAGCUGUGGCUCUCCUGGGAUCUAUAUGGGCUUUAUCCUUUUUCAGUUUCCUUGUUCCCUUCAUGGAGGUAGGCUUCUUCAUCAAUUCUGGUUCAGACCUUGUAAACCAAACGGCAGUGAUCACAGUGGUUCAUACAAAUGAGUACUACACAGAGCUGGGUUUGUACUAUCACCUGCUAGCACAGAUCCCUAUAUUCUUUUUCACAGCUGUGGUAAUGCUGGUGACUUACUACAAGAUCCUUCAGGCACUUAAUAUUCGCAUUGGAACUCGCUUUCAGCCGAACCUACCUAAAAAGAAGCACAAGAGUAAAAACACUAUCUCUUUGAGCACGACAACACAAGCAGAGUCAACUGAUGCUUCACAGAGCAGCACAGGUGUCAGGUCAGGUGGCAAUGCACCUUUGGGCAUGCGGGCUUCUGUGUCUGUCAUUAUUGCUCUAAGACGAGCAGUAAAGCGUCAUCGGGAAAGACGGGAGAGACAAAAAAGAGUCUUCAGGAUGUCUCUCCUCAUCAUCUCCACGUUCCUACUUUGCUGGACUCCAAUAACUGUGCUCAACACCAUCAUCCUCAGCACUGGGCCCAGUGAUUUGACUGUCCGCCUCCGACUGGGCUUCCUGGUGAUGGCCUAUGGAACCACCAUCUUUCACCCGCUCCUCUAUGCCUUCACACGGCAGAAGUUCCAAAAGGUUUUGAAGAGCAAGAUGAAGAAGAGGGUGGUGUCUGUUGUUGAAGCUGACCCAACACCAAACAAUGUGGUCAUCCAUAACUCGUGGAUAGACCCCAAGAGAAAUAAGAAGGUCACCUUCGAAGACACAGACGCGAGACAAAAAUGUCUAUCCACACAGGAUGUGGAGUGAUUCAAAUGUAAAAAUAUCAAAUAUGUUGUGCAAAUGGAAAAUAUUACUCUAGAGUGAAAAUAAGAGCAUAAAGUAGAAAAAAGGGGGGGAAAGAUGUUUUCGAGGGAGAUUAAGGAGUUUUGUUCAUGCCAAUGACUGUAUAUAGUGAUGAACCACAUGACAGCUCCUCAGAAAUUAAGCCAAAACAUCUGGAUUGUUGCCCCCUGCUGGUUGAUUGCAGUAUAGGUCAAAAAGGAGCCUUGUCCAUGUUAGCAGAUGGGACAUGGACCAAAAUUUUAAAAAAAAAAUCAUGAUUGACAGCCAAGAGUGCCUAGUGAUUGGUUGGGCGGGUGUGUCAGUGGGACUGCAGCUCCACUCAACAACCACCACUGUGCAGACUCAAGCAUAAGCACAAGAUGGCUUUAUACUUGUUCAGUGAGAAGAAUUGGAGACAUGUUGUUUACCUUUAUAUAUAAUCAUUUGUUUUAUGCAAAUAGAGAAGUGACAUUUGUUUUAAACAAUGAAAACUGAGUCUAAGCUCAUUAACAAUGAAAUACAUGAAUUUUGGGCAGCUUACUAAAUUUAUAAUAAAAUGGUGACCACAGAAAAAUGAUGAAGACGAAGUGGUUUCUGAAUAUCAGAUGUAAAAAGGGACGAUACCAGCAGAUGAAUGUAUGUAAGUUCAAGGAUUGCACUUUCAGUUGACUUUUUUCUUUUUCUUAAGUGCAUAAGUCAUAAGUGUCAUAGGGUAAUUUAUUGCUUUUUAUUGUGUUAUAAUGUGGUGUAAUAUUAAAGACAAUUAAGAAAUAACUGUAUCUAAGCAGCAGUGCGUGUUGUUUGCUGUUUAGCAUUAAAUGAGACAAAUGUACGGUCAUAAAAUACCCUUGAUAUUGUUUGUUAAGAUUUGUAAUAAACAACCAAAGACACAAUGUGUCAGUAUCUCUCUGCUCUCCUGCUUCUUCCAAUUGAUCUGGAUACAGGGACAGAAUACAUCAGAAACAGUAGUAAAGAAAUUGGGAUUUAGUUUCUCCUUCACUCCCCUCAGAGAGGUCACCUGUCUGCUAUGUCAACCAUACAACAGUAAAGAGAUGAAGAAAAAAACUUUACUGUUAAUAGAAUCUGUAUUUGUUCACAACAAAAUGGCAUGAAUGACUAUGUGGUAAGGGAAAAAGGAACUGAUGAACACUCCAUUUCUCUUACCAGUACUUUUUACUUGUUUGAUACACCUAGUGCUAUUUUUAGGGGAGCUGCUAAGUAGAGGUCCAUUUUGACAUGGACAAAUGAGAAUACUGGUCUGAAGGGCUGGUUCAUGGUCUCUGAGAACUUUUUAAGAUGUGCUGUCUACAUGAAGUGGGUGUGAGAAUCCUGUCUUUCCUAUCUUUAUUCAAGAGUGUGGUCUUUCAUUAGGUUUUCCCUCAAAACCCUGCCCUCUCUCUCUUAUUGCCCCUGCUCAAAUGCAAGGCCAUACUCUUCAAGAAAAGUUAUGAAAGAAAAACCACACUGGACAAAAAAUUCUAGAUAAAAGGCAAAAGUCUGA